GAGUCUCGCGUCUCUUCCUUCUACUGCUCUCCCUCCACAAGUCUCCAGCCUUCCCACUCUCCUUGAGCCGUGGAUUAUACUACCAAAAGGAAGAGAGAUUCCACCACCCCGGGGCAGCUCACCGGCGCGGCCGACGUCUCCGGCCAUUCCCCGCCGAGCUCCCCUGCCCCAGCCGACUAGCGCCCCCGCGCGUAGGCAGAUCUAGGAGGAGGGGCCAGGGCAGGAGGGGUUUGCUCCGGCGGGAUGGGGCGGGCCUGCGGCCGGUGCGUAGACAUGUGGUGGGCCGUCGUGGGGUUGGUGGUCGCGGUGGCGGUGGCGGCGGCGGCGGAGGGGGCGCGUGAGGCCGCGGUGGCGGUGGCUCCGCGCCGCCACGCGUACGCGGGGAUGUUGUACAUGGGCACCCCCCGGGACUACGAGUUCUACGUGGCCACGCGCGUCAUGAUGCGAUCUCUGGGGAGGCUCGGAGCGGACGCAGACCGCGUCGUGAUCGCCUCCCUCGAUGUCCCGCCGCGCUGGGUCCAGGCGCUGAAAGAUGAUGGUCUGAAGGUGGUCUCUGUGGACAAUUUGAAGAAUCCUUAUGAAAAACAAGAGAACUUCAACAUGCGAUUCAAGCAUACUCUGAACAAGCUGUAUGCAUGGAGCUUAGUUUCCUACGACCGAGUUGUUAUGCUAGACUCUGACAAUAUUUUCCUCCAGAACACUGAUGAAUUAUUUCAGUGUGGCCAGUUCUGCGCUGUCUUCAUUAACCCUUGUAUCUUCCACACAGGCCUCUUUGUUCUUCAGCCCUCAAUGGAUGUUUUUAAGAACAUGCUACAUGAGCUAGCUGUUGGGCGUGAAAACCCAGAUGGUGCAGAUCAGGGCUUCCUUGCUAGCUAUUUUCCACACUUGCUUGAUCAACCAAUGUUCCAUCCACCAGCUAAUGGUACCAAACUUGAUGGAACUUAUCGCCUUCCAUUAGGCUAUCAAAUGGAUGCAUCUUACUAUUAUUUGAAACUCCGCUGGAGCAUUCCAUGUGGGCCAAACAGCGUGAUUACAUUUCCUAGCGCUCCUUGGUUUAAGCCAUGGUAUUGGUGGUCUUGGCCAGUUUUACCUUUGGGUCUUUCUUGGCAUGAACAACGCCGUGAAAACUUAGGGUAUUCAUCAGAGGUACCGGUUAUAUUAAUCCAGGCUCUACUAUAUAUUGGAGUCAUUGCAGUCACCCGGGUUGCACGACCUAGUUUGUCAAAGAUGUGUUACAACAGAAGAAUGGAGAAAAGUACUAUUGUUUUGCUCACAACGCUCAGAGUAGUAGCAGCAUGGUCCAUAGUUGCAGCUUACACCAUUCCCUUCUUCCUGAUCCCACGGACGGUACAUCCGCUACUAGGCUGGCCACUAUAUUUGCUUGGUGCUUUCUCUUUUUCUUCGAUUGUGAUCAAUGUCUUCCUCCUCCAUCCCCUUGCGGUCCUCUCAACAUGGUUUGGGAUCAUCGGUGCACUCUUUGUGAUGGCAUUCCCAUGGUAUUUGAACGGUGUUGUAAGGGCCCUGGCAGUGUUUGCCUACGCAUUUUGCUGCGCGCCCGUGAUUUGGGGAUCUUUGGUUAGGACAAUGAGCUCCUUGCAGAUCUUGAUUGAAAGGGAUGCAUUCAGACUUGGUGAGCCUAACCAGACAGCCCAGUUCACGAAGCUUUAUUGAGGUGUGUAUUGCAGAUGCAUGUCAUUGAAUUUCAUCAGCUAAUUCCGAUUUACAUUGGCAAUUCUGAUGCCCAAUUCAGUUGUACAAGUAAAACAACGCAGAUGAAACUACAGUUGCACCUUUAACACCAUCUGAAACCUUUGGAGCCCGUGCUUGUCUUAAUUUCGUAGGUGACAUUAGACAUACAGGGCAAAGGACGGUGGGCAUUAGUUUGAUGUUUGUGUGUGGGUGUAGGUGUUGGCUGUGGAACCGCUGAGGAAAAUUAUAGAUUAAUUUUUUGGGUAAUUGUAAAUUUGUCACUGGUUUAAAUGGUUAUUGGAUAAAUACUACUAUAAAAUUGUAAAAACAUUACUAGAAUUAUCAUUCUAGUAGCAUCCUUGAGGUGGUUGUUUGGGUUUUCAUGGAAACAAUUAAAUGACAUUU